AUGGUUCUAGCCAACAGGCUGGAGCUCACCCGUAUUCUAGGUGGAGGUAACAAUGCCGUCUAUCUGGCCCUUGACAUACACACCAAUGUAUUCUAUGCUGUCAAGGCCUUCAACAAAUCCGGACUGGAUUCUCGACAGCUCAAAUACCAGCAGCGGGAGAUUCGCCUCCAUCACCUGGCCAGCCAACACCCCAACGUGGUUUCCCUCGUGCGCAUCAUGGACUCUACCGACUGCAUGUUCAUGGUGAUGGAGUUCUGCACCGAGGGCGACUUAUUCUCCAGUAUUACCGACAAGGGCAAAUUGAGAAAGUUUCCAGUGGGUAACGAUCCCUUGGUCAAGGAUACUUUCCUCCAAAUCUUGGAUACUGUCCAAUGGUGUCACUCCCUAGGAAUAUACCACCGGGACCUGAAGCCCGAAAAAUUCUUACUGACUGCUACUGAUGAUGAUCUAAAUCUAAACUUGAAGCUCAGCGGGUUCGGCCUCGCUACGACGGAAUACUACACCUCAGAUUUUGGCUGUGGUUCCACAUUUUACAUGCCUCCCGGUAGGUUGCCUCCGAGUCCCCCCCCCCCCCCCAGGGCUGAUAACGCCUGA